AUGAAGUUCCUCAAGCCAACUACAAAGGAAACUGGUGCCUCCGAGCCCAUUGUUACACUCAUUGCAAAUGAGGACAAGGUAGCAUGGUACCAGAAACCAAACCUAAGAUAUUUGUAUCUUAUCCUUUUCCCAGCAUGUAUGGGUAUCGAGCUCACUUCUGGCUUUGAUUCCCAAAUGAUCAAUGCUCUUCAGAUCGUUCCCUCAUGGGUAACUUAUUUCCACAAUCCGCAAGGCUCGCUCAAGGGCAUCAUCGCAGCCGCGUACUCUCUUGGAGCCAUCAUGUCUCUCCCGUUCAUUCCGAUCGUGAAUGAUAGGCUUGGAAGACGUUGGUCCAUCAUGGGCGGCUCCGUUAUUAUGAUUAUCGGUGCCUUAGUCCAAGGCUUCUCUCAGCACGUCGCAAUGUAUAUCGUGGCUCGUAUCAUUCUCGGAUUUGGCAUCCCUACAUGCAUUGUGUCAGGCUCGUCACUGAUUGGUGAACUUGGACACCCAAAAGAGCGUGCCAUCCUCACUUCACUCUUCAACGUGGCAUAUUUCAUCGGCCAAAUUCUUGCAGCGGGAAUCACCUUUGGCACAAAUAGCAUACCAAGUGACUGGGGGUGGCGUAUCCCAUCUCUGUUGCAAAUGGUGCCGUCGAUUCUUCAGAUUGGCUUUGUCUUCCUGCUGCCUGAAAGCCCUCGAUGGCUUGUGACCAAAGGGCGAAGCGCCGAAGCCAAGGACAUACUAGUAAAAUAUCACGCCGAGGGCGAUGAAAACUCCGAGUUUGUUCAUGCCGAAAUGGCACAGAUUGAGGCAACUAUUGAGCUCGAGAAAGAAUCAUCAAAGAAAAGCUGGCUGUCUCUUGUUCAGACCGCAGGCAUGCGGCGGCGGACAUUAAUUUCGACGUUUCUUGGAUUAUUUACACAGUGGUCUGGCAACACUCUCAUCUCCUAUUACCUAGGAGACCUCCUUGCUAUGGUUGGGCAAACAGAUUCCGUCUUUAAACAAAAAAUCAAUGUCGCCAUAGCCUGCUGGUCACUGGUCUGCGGUGUUACCGUCUCUUUGCUCGUUAACCGCUUUAAUCGUCGGACCAUGUACCUCACCUGCACGAUUAGCCUGCUCGUAGUCUACAUUUGCUGGACUGUGACGAUGCAACAAAGCAUUGCGGCAAAGAAUGCUGGGUAUACAAAUACUGCCGCUGGCGCUGCGACCAUAUUCUUCAUCUUUGCCUAUUCACCUUGCUACAACAUAGGAUACAAUGCGCUCACUUACACGUAUCUUGUCGAACUUUGGCCCUAUGCUGAACGAUCCCGCGGAAUCUCUCUCUUUCAGCUCUUUGGCCGCUUGGCCGGAUUCUUUACCACAUUUGUCAACCCAAUCGGUUUGCAGAACAUUAGCUGGAAGUGGCUUAUCACCUACUGCUGCUGGCUGGCCUUUGAAAUCUGUUUCAUCUGGUUCUUAUUCCCUGAGACAAUGGGUCGAACACUGGAAGAGUUGACAUUCCUGUUUGAAGACAAAACUUUGGCGGAUCGAGCCGUUAUGGCCGUUGAGAAAGCCGUCCACCACGAAGACAACCAAGUUGCCCAGCACAAAGAUGGCGAUGUCGGCACGGUACAGCAGUUUGAGGAAACCGCAGGCAAUUCGAUGCACAAAACGAAGGUCUAA